GAGAGAGAGGAACAGGUCUCCCUCUGGCCUCUUCCCUGGGCGCUGCUGGUAGAGCUGCUUCCUCUUGGUCCCCAUGCCCAGGAGGAGGAGGAGGAGCAGGCAGAGGAAGCAGCAGCAAUAGCAGCAUCACCUGCGCCAGGAGCAGCAGCCCCAGCAGCAGCGGCAGCAGCAUGGGCGGCCGGAGGAGGGCUGCGGGGGAGCGGCGGCGGGGCGCUGAGCGGGCUCCGCCCGGGGCUCCCUGGUGGCCCUUGGUGGGCGCCCUGCUGCUGUGGGGCUUCCCCGGGGGCUGCCGGGCGCUGGAGGUGGAGCACCGCUUCCUCUCCCCGACGGCCACCAACAACUUCGCCCUGGGGCCGGCCAAGGUGUACCUGGCCUCGGUGAACCGGCUCUUCCAGCUGUCGGGGCCCAACCUGUCUCUGGAGGCCUGGGAGGCGCUGGGUCCGGAGGCGGACAGCCCGCUCUGCCACGCGCCCCAGCUGCCCCAGGCCUCCUGCGAGCACCCCAAGCGCCCCACCGACAACUACAACAAGCUCCUGCAGCCGGACCCCGAGCAGGGACUGCUGGUGGUCUGCGGCUCGCUCUUCCAGGGCUUCUGCCAGCUCCGCAGCCUCGACAACAUCUCGGUGGUGGCCGUGGCCUUUCCCCCGGGGGCCGGGGAGGAGAAGGAGGCGGGGGCCGGCGGGAGCAGCCAGGCUCCGGUGACCGUCUUCCCCAGCAUGUUAAACGUGGCCGCCAACCACGCCAACGCCUCGACGGUGGGGCUGGUCCUGCGGCGCCGGGGAGGGCUGGGGACCCGUCUGCUGGUGGCGGCCACCUACACCGGCCUGGGCAGCCCCUUCUUCCCCCGCAACGCCAGCCUGGAGGACCACCGCUUCGAGAACACCCCCGAGAUCGCCAUCCGGAGCCUGGAGGCCCGCGGCGGGGACCCCGGGCGCCUCUUCACCUUCGACAUCAACCCCUCCGACGACAACGUCUUCAAGAUCAAGCAGGGCGCCAAGGAGAGGCACAAGCUCAGCUUCGUCCGGGCCUUCCUCCACCGGGGCAGCGGCAGAGGCCCUCCGUCCUCGGCAGAGAAGAAGAAGAAGGGGAAGGGGACGGCGACGGAGAAGGGGGCCCCUUCCUCCUGGCCCCGACGGCGGAGCCCCGCCUAUGCCUACCUGGCCCUGAACAGCGAGGCCAACGCCCGGGAGAAGGAGAGCCCCUCGCAGAGCCUCCUGGCCCGCAUCUGCUUAGGGGACGCCAAGGAAGAGGAGGAGGAGGAGGAGGGAGAGAAGGAGGAAGGCGCCGCCGCCGCCGCCUCCCUCCCCGUCGGGGAGACCAAGAAACUCACCGAGUCCUACAUCCAGAUGGGGCUCCAGUGCAGCAGCGCCGGAGGGGAGCUCUUCAACCGCUUGGUGUCGGUCUUCCCGGCCCAAGCCACCCUCCAUCUGGGCUCCCAAGGGGGCCUCCCUGCUCCUCCGGAGCCCCAGGAGCUGCUCUUCGGGGUCUUCGAGAAAUCUUCCCCCUCCUCCUCUUCCUCGGGGGGCCGCCCAGGAGCCCAGCCCUCGGCCCUCUGCGCCUUCCGCUUCGCCCAGAUCGAGGAGGCCAUCCGGGUGGCCAGGAACUCCUGCUUCGUGGCCCCCGACGCCCGGCUGGUCACCGUCCUCGACAGCGUCGUCCAAGGCACCGGACCCGCCUGCGAGAGGAGGAAGAUCCAGUUGCAACCAGAACAGUUGGAUUGUGGUGCAGCACAUCUCCAGCAUCCUCUGUCAAUACUGCAGCCUAUCAAAGCCAAGCCAGUGUUCACUUCACCAGGGCUUACAUCAGUGGCAGUCUCCAGCGUCAACAAUUACACAGUUGUAUUUCUGGGAACAGUCAAUGGAAGAUUGCUUAAGAUUAACCUGAACAGUUCUAUGGAUGUGAUGAGCAGAGAAUCAAUUACUGUGGCUUAUAGUGAGCCUGUCCACCCCGUCAUGCAGUUUGAUCCUUCCGAUUCUAGCUACCUGUAUUUAAUGACUUCUCACCAGAUAGCCCGUGUAAAAGUAGCUGCCUGCAAUCAAUAUACUGUGUGUACAGAGUGCUUGGCUGCCGCUGAUGCUUACUGUGGAUGGUGCACCUUGGAGACCAGGUGUUCACUGCAACAUGAGUGUGCUAAUUCUGAUGAGCCCUAUUAUUGGAUAAGUGCAAGUGAAGGAGUGCAGCAGUGUCCUUCAAUGACCAUAAUACCUUCAGAAAUAAACAUUGAGAAGGAGAACACGGGUAUGAUAAUUCAAAUAAAUGGAAAUAUUCCAAGUCUGAACGGAAUGAAGAUGUCUUGUGAUUAUGGAAAUAAUAUCGAAACUGUAGCUAAAGUUCUUACACAGCCUUUGAACCAAUAUGUUUAUUGCAAUUUUCUUCCCAGAGAAAAAUAUCCAGCUUUUCCAUCCAAUCAAGACCAUGUGAUUGUUCAAACUGCUGUAAGAGUCAACGGCAAAAAUAUUGUGCAGGCCAAUUUCACUAUCUAUGAUUGCAAGAGAACGGGAAACAUUUAUCCAAAGACAGCGUGUAUUAGCUGUUUCUCAGCUAAAUGGAAGUGUCACUGGUGUACUAGAAAAUACACAUGUGUCUCUAAUGCAACUGAGUGUGCGGACUCAAUACAGAUGAAUAUACAGAACAGUACUGAUUGUCCACAGAUUGUGCCUGCCUCUGUUGCCCCAGUGUCAACCGGGGAUUCUCAAGACAUUGCCAUCACUUUGAUGAAUGCAGCUUUUAUAAAGGAGAUGCCUUUGGAAUGCCACUUUGAAACUGACAGGGUAUUUGAGGCCCGAUGGAUAAAUUCAUCUGCUGUUCAGUGUAACAAUGUCCAGCUUCACACUUCAGACAAAAGGCACCUCUUUCUGGUAAACCUUCAACUGAAGGAAAAACCUGGUCGAUUUAUUGAUAGUCCUCAGAUGAUGACAGUGGAAAUUUAUAAUUGUGCAACUGGAAGUGCUGACUGUUCUCAAUGUCUUGGGAGAGAAGAUCUGGGUCAUCAGUGCAUUUGGAGUGACAGUAGUUCCAGUUGCAGACUAAACACUGAGGCCCUCCAGAUCCCAGGAACAUGCCCUCCUCCGGAGAUUAGGAAGAUUGAACCUCUGAGUGGACCGCUGGAAGGAGGCACCAUGGUUACAAUACGAGGAAGAAAUCUAGGCCGUAGAUUCAGUGAUAUUGUUAAUGCUGUCAAAAUAGGGAAUGUGAAAUGUUCCCCACUCCAGGAAAGAUAUAUUGUCUCUGAGGAAAUUGUAUGCUGGACUGGAGAAGCUGUAGAAGAAUUUUCUGAUGUAGUGACAGUUAAUCUAAGCAAAGAAGGAAAAUCCAGAGAACGAUACUCUUAUGUGCUUCCGGUAGUGAAGUUUAUGUCUCCAUCUACUGGCCCUAAAGCAGGAGGAACUAAAGUAACCAUCACAGGAAGCAACCUCAGUGUGGGAUCUGAGCUCCGAGUUUUGGUUAAUGGUACAAAAGAAUGCACAGACCUCAGUCGAACUGAUACCACCAUCACUUGUACCAUGCCAAGUGUAGAAUUUACUACUACUGCAAGUGUCUGUGUCCAGUUUGAAAAUAAAUCUUGCAUUGGUGACAACAACAAUUUCAACUAUGAGAAAAAUCCAAGUAUAAUGGAUAUCAACCCUAAAAAGAGUCAGAUCAGUGGAGGCAGAAUCAUCACUGUGGAAGGAAAUGGAUUUUUGAUGGCUCAGAAUGUGUCUAUGGUUGUUCACACUAUUGGUAAAGGACAAACGAACUGUAAGGUUCACUCCGACACUGUGAUUACCUGCCCCUCUCCAGCUGCCUCCAAUCUCACUGGGAGUAAGCCAGCUUCAGUGGACUUCUACAUUAAUGGACGCCUAUAUACUGAUGACAACCAUUUCCCCUUUGACCAUCAUGAGGAGGCUGUUCAUAUUAGCAAGUUUCACUUGGAAUACUACCCAGACCCCCAGUUCUUCACAGCCAAGAAGGAGAAGUGGAUCAAACAUCAUCCUGGAGAGCCCUUGACUCUAGUCAUACAUAAAGAGCCUGACAGCCUUGGCCUGGAAAGCAAUGAGUAUGAGGUUAAAAUUGGUCUAAUUUCCUGUGAGAUCCAGAUAGUUUCAGACAAAGUCAUUCACUGCUCAGUCAAUGAAUCUCUGAAUACCUCGGAAAGACAGCUCCCUGUUACGAUUCAAGUUGGGAAAUUCAAUCAAACAAUUGCUAUGUUGCACCUUGGAGGAAGUGAGACAGCCAUCACAGUUUCCAUAGUCAUCUGCAGUAUCUUGCUCCUGCUGUCUGUUGUAGCUCUCUUUGUGUUUUGCACCAAGAGCCGCAGGGCUGAGCGUUACUGGCAGAAAACUCUGCUGCAGAUGGAAGAGAUGGAAUCCCAGAUCCGGGAAGAAAUCCGCAAAGGUUUUGCUGAACUUCAGACAGAUAUGACAGACCUAACCAAGGAGCUAAAUCGCAGCCAAGGAAUUCCAUUCCUGGAAUACAAAUACUUUGUGACCCGAACCUUCUUUCCCAAAUGUUCCUCGCUCUAUGAGGAGCGUUACAUUCUGCCUUCUCAGCAUCUCAAUACACAGAUGGGAUCACAGGUCCAAGAAACUCACCCAUUGCUUUUGGGGGAAUGGAAAAUACCUGAAAACUGUAGACCCAAUAUGGAAGAAGGAAUUGCAUUAUUUUCCACUUUGCUCAACAACAAGCACUUUCUCAUUGUUUUUGUCCACGCCCUUGAGCAGCAGAAAGACUUUGCUGUCAGAGACAGAUGCAACCUAGCUUCUUUGCUUACCAUUGCACUGCAUGGGAAACUGGAGUACUAUACCAGUAUUAUGAAGGACCUCUUGGUGGAUCUCAUUGACGCCUCUGCCUCUAAAAAUCCCAAGCUUAUGCUGAGGAGGACAGAGUCUGUGGUUGAGAAGAUGCUGACCAACUGGAUGUCCAUCUGCAUGUACAGCUUUCUCAGAGAAACCGUUGGGGAGCCCUUCUUUCUUCUGCUCUGUGCCAUCAAGCAACAGAUCAAUAAAGGAUCAAUAGAUGCCAUCACAGGAAAAGCCAGGUACACACUGAAUGAAGAAUGGCUUUUGAGAGAGAACAUUGAAGCAAAGCCAAGGAAUCUUAAUGUAUCUUUCCAAGGCUGUGGAAUGGACUCUUUGAGUGUUCGGGUCAUGGAUACAGACACUCUCAGCCAAGUUAAAGAGAAGAUACUUGAAGCUUUUUGCAAGAAUAUUCCAUAUUCCCAAUGGCCAAGAGUUGAAGAUGUUGAUCUAGAAUGGUUUGCCACAAGCACUGACAGCUACAUCCUUCGGGACCUUGAUGACACUUCAGUGAUGGAAGAUGGCAGGAAGAAACUGAACACAUUAGCACAUUAUAAGAUCCCUGAUGGUGCCUCCCUAGCUAUGAGUUUAACUGAUAAUAAAGAUACUACUUUAAGUAGAGUGAAAGAUUUGGACACUGAAAAAUACUUUCACUUGGUCCUUCCCACAGAUGAGUUGAAUGACAAUAAAAAAUCUCAUCGGCAGAGUCAUAGAAAAAAAGUCCUUCCAGAAAUCUACCUGACCAGAUUGCUGUCCACAAAGGGUACACUGCAAAAAUUCCUGGAUGACCUAUUCAAAGCCAUUCUGAGCAUCCGAGAUGAGAAGCCACCUGUGGCUAUCAAGUAUUUCUUUGAUUUCCUGGAAGAGCAAGCAGAGAAACGGGGAAUUUCUGACCCAGACACAUUGCACAUUUGGAAAACGAACAGCCUACCUCUGAGAUUUUGGGUCAACAUUCUGAAGAAUCCCCAGUUCGUCUUUGACAUUGACAAAACUGACCACAUAGAUGCCUGUCUUUCUGUAAUUGCCCAGGCCUUUAUUGAUGCCUGUUCCAUCUCAGAUCUGCAAUUGGGAAAGGACUCGCCUACUAAUAAACUAUUAUAUGCCAAGGAAAUUCCUGAGUAUAGAAAAAUAGUUCAGAAGUAUUACAAACAGAUCCAUGACAUGCCACCUCUCAGUGAACAAGAAAUGAAUGCACACCUAGCAGAGGAAUCUAGGAAAUAUCGGAAUGAGUUUAACACCAAUGUUGCCAUGACUGAAAUCUACAAAUAUGCCAAGAGAUACCGCAGUCAGAUAGUGAAUGCAUUGGACUCUAAUCCCACAACAAGGCGUACACAGCUGCAGCACAAAUUUGAACAAGUGAUUGCACUUAUGGAAGACAAUAUUUAUGAGUGUUGCAGUGAAGCAUAGGUGGCAACCUGGACCUUUUUUCUAUGUCUAGAAGUGACCUUCUCUACAGUGCACUGUCUUUUAUGGAACACCCUUUCAAAGUAUCUGUGUGUCAAUAUGUAGCCUAUUGUAUGUAUAUGGUGAUUAAGAAACCAACUUGAUGGUGAGUCUGGCCAAUCUCCUUAAACCACCUGGUAAAAUGAGGGUUGUCCACCCAGCAGCCUGGAAUCCUUUAUGUGGUCUGCACUGCAUGGCACCCAUAAUCUAUUUGAUCUUUAAGACAGAGGCACAAUACCUGGGCCGCGAAAUGUAGUAGCUUCUUCUAAAGAGCUCCUACUCUUAUUCAAAGUGACUGUCUUUUCCUUCAUUCAUUUUCCCAGUGAGACUGCUGUAAAGCAGAUAUCAGGAUAUGGAAAUAGUGCUGAGAUGGUUAAGAGAAAAGCAGAAAUACCUAAGGGAACAAUGAAUGGAGGUUUCAAAAGGCCCUUGGAGCAACAGCUGAGCUCCCUCUAACAGUGCCCCUCUUCCUUCUGUGUACUUUAAAUAUCAGGGAACCCAUUUACUGUACACAGUCUGCUGCAUUAGAUGUAUUUUGUGCCUUUUAUUUUUCUACUGUACAUGUAAACAUAACCACGCCUUCCUCCAAGAUUGGAAAGAGGUGGGAACCCCCACAGACAAUGCUGUUGCUUCCUAAGUAGUCAUGACAUGUGAAAGCACUUUACCCCAACAACGGAAAUGGCUGUUACCUUGCUGGAGGGAUCAUUAUUGUAUAGCAGACAAUGUCGGAAAGGAACAAAUCAGUGCAGCUGUUCCCACUUCCCAAAGCUUCCCAGAUGUGUGUGCAGACUGAAUUGCACUUGACAAAUUCCCCUCUAAAUGCCCAUCUGGCUCUACAAAUAGUUUUCCCUAGAAGGAGAAAAAUAUAUACAUGACAAGGGUCACAGGGAUGCACUUCCUUCCUUUUGUUCGCCUCCCCCCCCCAUUUACUUUAGAGGGAAUAUACAGAGCUGAACUCUCGGCUCAGCCUAAAUCCACAGUUGGUUUAAUACAAGACCACUGGAUUUCACUAACGCAAAAAGAAAAGAAAAGAAAAAUGUCUGUCUCUGCUUUAGUUUCUACCAUAAGGUAGCAUCCAUUUGUGCCGUCUCUUGUAAAAUUUAUCCCCCGUGUGAUGCCCCUUAACUAUUCUGUCUGCCUUUACACUGACUACACUAGGAAGCAUUAACUCUGCUGUGAGGAAGAACCUCAGUAUUCUUAGCUCUCUCUCUUGGAAUUCCUCUUCAGCAUUUUAGGUAGCUUCCUGAAGGCAAUGGCUGUUCCAGACAGGGAAACCCAAACUUAUCGUGAGCAAUGAAGCCAGCUAAUGCUGCUGACAAUGCCAAGCUCAUAAACUGCCAAAUAAUGCUUAAGAAUACUACACUACCUCACCAAAGGCAAGGUCUGAAGGGGAAUUGCCACAAUUUAAGAGGCUAAGAUUUGUUCACUUGGGUGGGAAUUGAAUGGUUUAAAUUUUUUUUCAGUCAAAAUUUGGUUGUUAUAAAUGAUUAACUUUUGUCAGGUAUAUCUUUCAGAAAUGUGUAGUGUAGUAAAUUAUAUGGGGAACUGAUCUGUCAUAAUUAAUUUUAUAUAUCAAUAUAUGAGAAGUACAGAUUUUAUCCACUGAAAAAAUAAAGAGGAAUAUAAAACGUGAAAAAGGAACUGUAAAAGACAGAGGAAGUGAUGUUUGCUGAGAAAGUGGCUGCAGAAGAGAAACUUUUAAGAAUGUAGCUGGGCUACAUUUAACUUUGAAAGAGUUGGGUUUUUUUCUUUAAAAUACUUUUUUUAAACUGUGAAGAGCUGCCAGUUACACAUAUGCUCACAUAGGGUCAACUCAGGAAUGUAAAAUGGAAGCCUCCUGGACCACUGGUUAAGAAGAGAGAGUUGAAAGUAUACAGAAAUUGGGGUUUUCCUAGUCCAUAUUGUGCAGACAGCUAUAAUUUGGUGAAGCAUUAACAAAGUUUUAGCACCUAUUUAGGGGUGCAAAAGGACAGUGUCUGGACAGGCCCUAGACCAGAGGGAUUGCUCUUUAUAUCCUGAGUAUGUGUGUAUGGGUUCCAAGUGAUGUGCUUGGCACAUGGGUAUUAACAGCAACUGCUUUAUUAUUUAAUUCUUCGUCCAAAUAUUUGCUACAACCAUUGAAAAGAAACAUCUACAAACCAGAAGCUGAGGGUUGGUGCUGUUGCCCAGAAACCCCACUCCAUUGUAAUAUAUUUUUAUCUUUGUCAAGUUAUUGUUGGGUGCAUUUUUUCCUUACCUGCUGUUUUAAGUGGUGGAAUCUUUGCUGCGGGAAUAUCUUUGUAAUAAAACAAGAUUAUCAAA